CGGAAUAUUCAACCCGCAGUAUCUUAUCCACUCCCUCCCCUCAAUAUUCUGUACAGUACUUCACCGCCGCCGGCCGCCGUUCUUCUCCGCCCUUCCGCCGCCGUGGUCGAUCCGGGAGACGGUGCUGGAUAGUGUGGCGGCGUACCACCACCAGCAGCGGAUGCGCAGUAAGUUCCGCAAGAGCCUCUCCUACACUGGGGAGCUCGCGGGCCGAGCAGUCGCUUCCUCCUCCUCCCCCUCCGCCUCACUCGCGUCACUCGUCGGGCCCGUGGACGACGACGAGCCUUUCUGUGACAAGGAGGAGGGGCCCAUCGAGCUCAAGCAGUUCGACGCCAAGCGCGUCAACAACGUCCUCAUCCUCAUGAGCGACACUAGCGGGGGGCACUGCGCCUCCGCCGAGGCCAUCAAGGACGCCUUCCGCAUUGAGUUAGGCGACGACUACCGGGUCUUCGUCAAGGAUCUCUGCAAGGACCACGCCGGCUGGCCGCUCAACAACAUGGAGAGCUCCUACAAGUUCAUGGUGAAGCACAUGCAGCUCCGGAAGGUGGCCUUCCACGGCACAUCGCCCAAAUUUUUCCACAACUUCUACCUCGCCGCCCUCGCCUCCUUCUACUCCAAGUUAUUCAUAUAUGUUCGCGAUGGCUCCGUAUGUGGUCUAUUCUGCAAAGGCCGGAGGACAUAGACCUUUUUAUGAUGGCUUCUACUCGGCUAGAGCGUUCGGCCAGGGAGAUUUUUUACCCCCAUGGAUGGCGGUGUGAUCUUCGGUUAGGAUCGGCCUCCCUAUAGGCAUUUUUAUUUUUCUCUUGUUCUGGCUGUUUUGCCACUUUAUUUCGGUUUACAGUACUUUGAACUUUUGGCUGUGUGCAUCUAGCUAUGCAGAGGCUGGGUGAUCUUUGAUGCGAUUGUAUCAACUCGAUAUUUCAAUUCAAUGAAAAGCCCUUUAUCGAAAAAAAGACGCACAGACAUACAACUAUGUGACAACAUAAUGCCUUUUGGGGAAUUUUGAUUGCUUUUUCCUAACAAGAAAGUAUAACAAUAUCUGUG